AUGAGUGAUCAACAGCAGAAGAUAGAUGUACAACAGAAAACAAUAGAAAAAUUACCAACAUUUUGUCAAGGUAAAACAAGUUUUGAUCAAUGGAAACCCUAUGCCAUUUAUCAACAUGGAAUUGUGGUAUAUGUCAAUACAACUUCAUGUCAAUUCAAACAAAGCCCUACCUAUUUUACAAGUCUUUCUGGUCAUGAGCAACAUUGGCAAGUGACAGGAACGACAUCGAUCUAUGAUGAAACACCAACUGGAUUCGCAGUGUUUCUUUCCCCAAUGUUAGGAGCAGAAACGAUAAAGAACACCAUGGCAAUGUUACCAGUACGAAAAUGGGAAUUAAAUUGGAUCGGUGUUACACAAGGAAAAUAA